GUUGCCAAGGCAACGAAAUAAACAGCGGAGCACCGAAGACCGAAAGAUUAUUUUAUACCAAUUUUUACCCGUUUUAGUUUUUAAUAAUUAUUUGUAAAUAUUUUUAGUGUUUCAAUUGUUUAAGUUUUAGUGCUAUCUUCCAAUAUGGAUGACGAGGAGGACUUUGCGGUGGCGCUUAACAUCGGCUCAGAGACCACCGAAGCGGAGAGGGAAUAUGGCAUUGUCCUGGAGCAGCUCCGUGAGUCGGAGGGUAUGAAGUUCAUCACCGACGUGUACACCAAGCUGUAUGACACGUAUUACAAGCUGAAGGAGGAGAAUGCACAACAUUGCGAGGCGAAAGAGGGACUCAAGGUCAAACUGAGUCGCUUCGAUGACACCGUAUCAGAUUUCAUGGCUGAAAUAUCGGAAAAUCACAAAGUCAUCGAAAAACUACAAACGGAAAUCAAGGAGGCCCAAGCUCUAGCAGACGCGAUGCACGCUCGAGAGCUGACCAGCGUCGAGAGUCUAGAGACCAUGAAGAGACAGAUCGUCAGACUUGAGAAGGAACUGGAUGCUAGGAAACGAGCUGGUGAAGAAGAUGCCGGAGCAACAUCAGCGGCCAAAGAGAAGGAGAAGUUUGAAAAAGAGAAGGCUCGUCUCCAAGGCGAGCUGGAUGCUGUGAAGCAGAGGCUCGCCAACUCCUUGCACUAUGUGGAGGAACUGGAGGGGAAGAACCAUGACAAGGAAAUCAAUAUAUCCAAGCUUGAGGAGCAGAUUGAGGAAGCUGAAAACAACGCAGUUCGUCAGAACCGUCUGGUAGACCACCUGAAGUCUGAAACCGCGAACCUCAAGUUGGAAGUGGACGCCAGGGGAAACACCAUCGCCAACCUCAGCGAUAAGCUAAUGAAAGCAGAUAAAGCGAUAGAACGUCGGGACCGCCAGUUGAAUGCUAUGACAGCGAAACUGGAAGCAGCUCAUGCUGAGCAAGAAGCUGCUGUGAACAGGAGCACGCAGCUAAGGGAACAACUGGAGAAUAUGCACGCGGAAAUGGACAAGACCAAGACACAACUAAAUCAUACUACUAAGGAACUUAAGAACACGAUCGACGACAGCAACAAAAUACGCAACGAAGCGUCGAAGCUCUUGAAGCAGAACCUGCAGCAGACCAAGAAGUACCAGCUUCUGGAGCAUAGCAAGGUUGGCGUUGAAACUGAUCGCGAGCGUCUGAGGCAACAAGUGACGGUGAUGGAGCGCGACCUGAUGCUGGGCAAGAAGCAGGCGGAGGCCGACAGGAGGGACAUCGAGAACCUGAAGCGGGAGAAGGACAUCCUCACCAAGAACUUGCAGAAGAUACAGAAUGAAGCACUAGAGAACCUGAACAUGCUGGACCUGCAGGAGCAGCGACGCAAGCAGCUGGAGCACGAGCUGGAGACCAACACCGCGCAGAUACACAAGCAGCGGCUCAUGAUACGCACCUUCGAGAAGGAGAAAGAUAGAAUGCUGGAGGAGACGAUCGCUCUAAACGAGAAAAUUGAUGAAAUAACAGAGGAGGUACGUCUCCGUACGGCUGAUAUCUUGGACCUGAAGAAGGCACUUCGCGAGGAGACCAUCAAAUCUCGCAAAUUAUCCGUCGCCCUGGACGCCACUAGAGCUGAGAGGAACAUGCUGCAUAAGAACUACACCGAGGCCCUGGAUGAAAUACAGGACUUGAAACAGAAGAUGAAGAUGCUAGCAUAUCAAAUAGAACAGCUGAAAGAAGAUAUAAGCGGCAAGGAAUCAGGACUGAAGUCAUGUGAAGGCUUUCUAGGGAAAUGCAACAAGAAGAAUGAACAGCUCAGGACGGAGAUCCAGGCUGGACUCGCGAAGUUGUCUGAAGCAAGGGCUGAUAUAGCAGCCUUGAGGCAGGAGGAGGCUAGGCUUAACAGAAUCGUGCAGGAAGGUGACGCGGCUCGUGCUAAACUCAUCAAGGAGCUGGAAGGUCUGAUGAACGAGCGCGAUGUGGUCGGAGCUCAGCUCGUGAGGAGAAACGAUGAAAUCUCUCUGCUUUAUGAGAAGAUACGGAUUCUUGAAGUCACACUGCAAAGAGGUGAGCGUCAAUACGAGCAGCGUGUGGAAGACAUCAGACUGCUGCGGUUGGAGAUCAUACGGCUGCGCAAGGAGAAGAACUUGCUCUCCAAGGGUAUUGAGAACAUGACCGACUUGAGGCUCGAGGUAUUUAAUCUAGAACGCGAGUUGGGCAGAGAGCGCCUGAGAGUGCGUGCACUGGAGGAGGCGCUGGAGACUCCGCUGAACGUGCACCGCUGGCGCAAGCUGCAGGGCACCGACCCCGAGAGCGUCCGACUCACGCAGAAACUCAGGCUGACGCAGAAGAAAGUAUUAGCUCAAAGCGAAAUGCUAGUGCUAAAGGAGCGAGAGUUAAAGGAAACACGGAACCUGUAUACUGCAGUCAAGGACAUGCUGGCGUUGCAGCCUAGUCCAGAAAUUCAGAUAACAUUGAAUCGUACGCAACGGGCUCUGACAAAUAGGACCACAAAGAUGAAAUGCUUAAUCGCAGAACUAAGCAUGCGUGAGCGUCAAGUGUCCGACCAACGCUUGGAACUAGAUCGAGUCACCAGCGACCUGCAUUCUUACAAACAGAAAUAUUUCGAGAUGAAGAGAGCAUUGGAUGCCGAUGAAGCGAGGAGGUUAAAGGUCGCGACGCCACCGUCAGCCGUGAUGUCCAAACAGGCAGCUUCGACCGUGGUUCUUUAGUCAUGUUAGUGAUCCAGUCUAUUAGACUUAACACGAGAAAUCAGGGAAGGACAAUAACCUGUAAGCGAUUUGUUCAUUAUUAUUUAUUCACUAAAAACCAGGUUUCUGAGUGGAAGUGCUUGAUUGUUAAAUUGUAAUCUUGAAACUUCUUCUAUGGAAACUGAUGGAAAUCUUCACCAAUUACGCGGUUGUAACUAUAAAAAAUAAUGGUUGUGGUUGUUACUUAUGUAUAUAGUAACUAACUCCUGAUCGAGAAUGCAUACAUUGCAUGUUUUUGUGAAUGGGAUAUACCCAUGUAUACGCUUUUAUUAAAGCGUGGUACUAGUACAAGCGGCCCAGAUUUUUACGUACAUUUAUUAUCCAUCACACUAUAAUUUCUCGGACUAUACAAAAUUUAAGAGAUAUUCGGAUUUAGCAACACAGUUUGCAACAAAUAUACCGAAUUUUAUAAGGCGAAUUGCCUGAGGUUUUCUUAAUAAAUUGUCAGCAAUGACGAUUUUAAUUAAAGUUUCUAGUAAAAUGUUAAUUUAUUUGUUAGGGAUAAUAUUAUACAGACCUAUGUGCCAAUUUAUACGUACGAUCUCAAUACUGCAUGAAAUGUUAUAUUUGUAAAACUUUUCGUUUUAAAAGUUACAAAUGCGAAAUAUAUUGCUAGUAAAUAAUUAUCUUUCUAACUUAUAAAAUGUGCAAUAAGUAGAGAAAGCAGUGGUCGAUAUAUCAUAUAGUUUAUGUAUUAGUAUAUUGUUUUGUUAUUUGUACUUUGUAUUGUAAGUAGUCAAUCAGAACUGAAAACGCAAAAGGUUGACAUUUGUUUGAUAAUAAAUAAAACACUCAGGUAAUUAAUCCGAAAACAAUAGUUUUAUUUAAGAACUUUUCACUUUCUCAUAAAAUAUACACAUUGUUUUUGUCAUUAAACUAAACUGUAAGUAAAUACUAAUUUUUAAAUACCAAUUCUCACGAUUGUCAAACGGGUGCACGGCGGGGCGGC